AGUCAACGAGUUUUCCCGAAAUCUGGGCUUUGCUUUCGAAAUCCCUGGGACACGAGAGUGCGAGAGAAAGAGAGUUUCUCCUUCGCUGCUCACCUUGAGCUCGCGCGAUCUCUCGCGGUUUAAUCGUGCGUAUCCGCACGGCAUUACGAGGUGUCGAACAUAAGCAAUGGAAGCGGAAAAUUUUCUGCGCACGAUGUUGGAUGCGUGUGUGGGCGUGAUGCGCAAAAAGUAUCUGCGCCAGAUGAGUCAUCUCGCGGGAGAUCGCAAAAAAGAUUUCGCGAACGUUUGCGAACGUUUGAUAGGCGCAGAUUCGGACUUUGGGAAGUCGAUGGCCUACUACUAUACUCCCCCGUGACGGCCGUGACGUCACCGAUAAUACAGUAGCAGUCAAAAGCGCGUGGCCGCCUCAGCUGCACGUGCGUCGUCUCGUCGCUGCGCUACUGCUGUCCCGCAGGUGCUGUUGUUUGCUGACUGAUGAUUGAGAAGGCCAUAAAGGAAGAAGAAUAAGUCUAGGAUAGGUGACAGACUCCGACAGCUGACUGUGAUUGUGAUAAUGCUAGGCUGAUUAAGAACAAGUUGCGAGAAAGACGUUAAUACAGUUACGCGUCGGCUUUGAUCUACUGGUUUGGCUUUUGUCGCUUACUACCUACACAGGAAUUUCAUUAACGUUCUCGAGGAGGUUGUGUUUCUGUUGCCUGCGUGCGUGUACUCGACGAGGAUCUAUAAAAGUUGGCGAACUGUUGCGAAAGGCGAAGAGAAGAGGGGUCAUCUGGUCAAGUGCUGCUGACGAGAGUCAAGGAAGAGGGAUAAAAAAAGAGUGUGGGGGAUAUCAAUAGAAGAUAUCAAUAAUACAAAAUUGCUCGAUCUGGACAUUGAGACAUAAACACUCGAUGGAUUAACUGCCUGCACGCAGAGCAUCAACAAACAGUCUAAUCAUGAGUGAAACAGAUUUUACAUGCAAUGCAAAUAUGUUGAGUGCAAAUUCAAGUUCCCAAAAUACCCCUGUAGAAAAUAAUAAAAGUAAUGGUACAAACGGCGAAGAACACAUUAUUCGACGAAAUGUAUCUUCUGGGGCAUUCCCUCAGGAAAGUAAACCUGAGGGUAGAGUAUUAGUACUGUACACGGGAGGCACCAUUGGAAUGGUUAGAAAUAAGGAUGGAGCUCUUGUCCCAAUAGCUAAUGCUUUUGUGAAAAACUUAAGGAGAUAUCCUAACAUGCAUGAUAAAGAAUAUGCCGAAGAAAGAUUUGGGCCAAUGGGGCCUUUAGUAUUGCCAAUGACUGAUGUUGACAGUAGAAGAAUUAUUUACAACGUUUUAGAAUAUAAGCCAUUAUGUGAUUCAAGUAAUAUGAGAAUGGAUGAUUGGAUACGUAUUGCACGUGAUAUACAAGAAUCUUACGAACAUUUUGAUGGGUUCGUCAUUCUGCAUGGAACUGAUACAUUAAGUUACACCGCCUCAGCACUGUCUUUCAUGUUAGAAGCACUUGGAAAAAUCGUAGUGCUAACAGGAUCGCAGCUGCCUCUAUUCGAUACCAGAAGUGAUGGUCUUGACAAUUUUUUGACUUCGCUAGUCAUCGCCGCCAAUUACAACAUUCCCGAAGUUUGUAUCUUCUUCGGAACUCGGCUCAUGCGAGGGAACCGCACUACAAAAGCUUCUGUCACUGCGUUUGAAGCUUUUCAUUCUCCAAAUGCUCCGCCUCUAGCCGUUGCUGGAAUUAAAAUAGAUGUGGAUUAUCGUUCUAUAUUCAGAACUUGUCAUAUGGAAAAGUUUCACGUUCACACAACGCUAAAUAAGAAGGUUGGUCUCCUUCGACUGUUCCCCAGUAUAACCGCCGAUCUGGUGAAAGCUUUUCUUCGUCCACCAAUCGAAGGGGUAGUCCUGCAAACCUAUGGCGCAGGAAACGUACCGUCUAAUCGAGAAGAUAUCAUAGCCGAAUUUAAAGCUGCAGCAGAUCGGGGUGUCAUCAUCAUAAAUAUCACACAGUGCUCAGAAGGAAGCGUGUGUUCAAUAUACGAAGUUGGAAAGAUACUCAUGGAUGCUGGUGUUUUAUCUGGCUUCGACAUGACGCCCGAGGCUGCCCUCACGAAACUGGCCUACGUUCUGUCCAAGACUGAAUGGGACACGGCUACAAAACGCUCGAUGAUGGAAACGAAUUUGCGAGGAGAACUGACUGCUGGACGGUCGGUCACUUUGCAGGAUUGGGAUCUCGUUGACGCAGUCGGCAGGUCGUUGAGAAUAAGCUCACCAUCCGAGUUCAAGGAGCUGGGUGCUAUCCUCUUCCCUGCAAUGAUGAAUGCCGCUGUGCUGGCUAAAGACACGAUGAAGCUAAGCUCUCUCAAGAGAUAUGGAGCAGAUAUUUCCCAACCAAACGCCGAUGGCAGAACGGCGUUGCAUAUUGCCUGUUGCGAAGGAGAUAUCACAGUAGUGCGUCAUUUAUUGAAAAUGGGAGCGAACGUGCACAUCAAAGAUCGAUUCAAUCGAACUCCAUUGACGGAUGCAAUAGAACACGACCGGCCCGAGAUAAUAAAGUUGUUGCUGCAAUGUGGCGCACACCUGCACGAGCGCGGCCGUCUCAUCGGCGAGCGUAUGUGUUCAGCCGCUGCUGCAGGAAACCUCGCUCGAUUACGCUCCUAUCACUUGGCGGGGGCUGACCUGUCGCAGGCCGAUGUCUCUGGUAGAACAGCUCUGCAUCUCGCCGCCGAACAUGGUCAGUCCGCGGUGGUGCAGUUUCUGUUGGAACACGGGGCUGAGACGAAAGCCUCAGAUAAGCUCGGUAUGACGGCUAAGGAUGUUGCUAAUCCUGAAUGCCUUAGACUGCUCAAUGGUGAGAACGGCAGCAAUAAGGUUUGAAAAGUGUCGAGUUUUAGGUCUGAAAAUGGAUGAGUGGCGUGCCGAAGAUUAUUAUUGAUAAGGCUAUUUAUUUAUUGUUAAAGUAUGGGUUUUGUUUGUCGCUGGCUGUCCUGUACUUUUGCUGUUUAGUUCUAUCGAAAGGCUGUUUUUCUCAUAGCAAAUUAUAUGCGUAGAAAAUUGAUUGCUACCAACGAAAAACACUUUGUUAAGCAAAUUAGAAGAAUUUCGUUACCGUAUAUAUAAUAAGUUACGAACUCGGUUUUCUUAAAAUCGUCCAACUGUUAUACUUACACAACUUGUUCGCACAUUCAAAAAUUCUCCUUUUAACGCAACCGGGAUCUCAUUAAAGUGUAGCAAUGCAUCGGGAUCCCAUUGUAAUUUUAAAUCUCGGAGUGACGACAAUUUUCUCUCUGCGUUUUCUCUGUCGCGUGUCGUAGUUUCACGCUCCGCGACUUUGUGUCCGUAGAGCGCAGAUGAUAAUGAUGAUGACGAAGUAUUAGAGAGGCAUCGUUUUGAGACAAUUCUUUUUUUAUUAUUUCGUGGAGACGCGUGUCUUACAUUGAGUGUGUGCGACAGUCGCGAACAAAAGUGAAAUUGAAUGCGCUCUUGUUACGUGAUAACGGGAGUACGUGUAUUAGAAAGUUUGGAUGAUUUAUGGUCUAGUUGAAUUGUUUGCUAAAUUCAAGUUAUUAUUGAAUACUGUGAUAGGCAUUGAUCUUUUACAAUUUAUGCAAAAUUCGAGGUGAUCGAUAUUAUUAUGUAUAUGGAAGUGCCAUGGAUUAUAGAUCUGUCUAUUAUGAAAAGACUUAGAGUUCCUUCAUAUACGUUACGAUGAUUAUACUCGUCAAAGAUUCGAAAUUGAUUAAUGUCUAAAUUUAAAAUUAAUUAAACGUACUUAAAAAUGGAAAGCAACCAAACAACGUAACAAUGUUUUUUUCGCUUGAUUUUCGCAGUCUUUUUCUCAACAAAAAUGUAUACUCAUUCGGGCUUGGUCCUCCAAGUGUUUCCAUCACAUUUACCUAGGCAACGAAAAACUAAAUAACAAGUAGCUAUAAGCAAUCGUCUAGAGAACGAAAGGUCCGUAUACAAGGUAUUAGCUUCAAACACCGACGAUCUUGAGUGCGUUGGAUAUGAUUUGCUGGUCAAAGACGCAGCCCUUGUAAGUCUCGGUGCACUCAUCGGGUGCCAGGACUUGACGACCCCGUGACACGGCUUCCUUUAUCACUGUCCCGUUAGCCGCUUGUUCGAACCACCUGUGACUGUAAUUUAUUAUUUUUUAGCUUUUUAAUCGAUACUGUGUGUUGGUUUGCUCUAGUGAGCUCUAAUGUUAGUCCUAAUGAUAAGAAUAAGGAACUAAUAUAGUACAACUUAUGAGAGAUAGAUUUGCAGUUUUUUAUGUAUAAAACACGUCGUUUUUGAUAAGUCAUUUAUACGAUGAAAAAAAUAAAGAGUAAGCCAAAUUGUACCUGGACAGACCGUCGAUGAUCUUGUCGGCACUACUGGGAUUAUCCGAGUGACUGGCGGCUGCCACAGCCGUGCAAAUGAUGCGCUGCACGCACGGCGUCACGCGGCUGUCCUUAAAGAGAAUCUCGUUGAGCGAAUCUCCGAAGUACCAAAGAUCCGAGCCUAAAUCCGAGCCUCGAUCCGAUCCUGAAUAAUAAAAAUGUCACUAGAAUUUUUCCAUUCUUCGAACGUCAAUUCGCAGAUUGAGUAUUUUGCUAAACGUUAUAUACAAUGUAUAAACUUCGAACCGAGAUUCUAUUUAUUGCAAGUGAAUAAACGUGUUUU